AUGAAUAAGCUAUACAUUGGCAACGUGAGCGCAGAAGCGAGCGAGGAGGACUUCGAAACUAUCUUUGAGCAGUGGAAGAUUCCGCACAGUGGUCCAUUUCUUGUCAAAACUGGCUAUGCGUUUGUGGAUUGCCCGGACGAGAAGGCUGCAAUGAAGGCCAUCGAUGUUCUUUCAGGUAAAGUUGAACUUCAUGGGAAACUUCUCGAAGUGGAGCACUCGGUCCCUAAACGUCAAAGGAGCUGUAAGCUGCAGAUCAGGAACAUCCCGCCUCAUAUGCAGUGGGAGGUGUUGGAUAGUAUGCUUGCUCAGUACGGUGCAGUAGAGAGCUGUGAACAAGUUAACACUGACACAGAGACUGCAGUAGUCAAUGUUCGAUAUGCAGCCAAGGACCAGGCCAGGCUGGCGAUGGAGAAGCUGAAUGGAUCUAUGAUGGAGAACUAUGCCUUGAAAGUGUCCUAUAUCCCAGAUGAGACGGCUGCAGCAGAGGGUCCUUCAGCAGGGGGCAGGAGAGGCUUUAAUGCACGUGGACCCCCUCGUUCCAGCUCUCCAGGUCUGGGCGCCCGGCCCAAAGUGCAGUCAGACAUCCCCCUGCGCAUGCUGGUUCCAACGCAGUUUGUAGGUGCAAUUAUCGGCAAGGAGGGUGCCACUAUCCGCAACAUCACCAAACAGACCCACUCAAAGAUUGACAUCCAUAGGAAAGAAAAUGCAGGGGCAGCAGAGAAGCCCAUUACAAUUCACUCCACCCCUGAAGGUUGUUCGAACGCUUGCAGAACCAUCAUGGAAAUCAUGCAGAAGGAAGCCCUUGACACAAAGUUUACUGAGGAGAUCCCACUGAAGAUUCUUGCACACAACAACUUUGUAGGAAGAUUAAUUGGGAAGGAAGGACGCAACCUCAAAAAAAUCGAGCAGGACACAGGGACCAAAAUCACAAUCUCACCUCUCCAGGACCUGACCUUGUACAACCCAGAGCGGACCAUCACAGUGAAGGGUGCCAUCGAGGCGUGCUCAAGAGCUGAAGAGGAGGUGAUGAAGAAGAUCAGGGAAUCGUAUGAGAGCGACAUGGCUGCUAUGAACCUCCAGUCCAACCUGAUUCCAGGCUUGAAUCUAAAUGCUUUGGGUUUGUUUCCCAGUGGAGCACCAGGCAUGGGCCCCUCCAUGUCCAGUGUCCCACCUCCUGGAGCCCACGGUGGAUGCUCGUCAUUUGGAUGCAGUCCAUAUGGGGUUGAGGGGCAAUUUUGGGCUUCUAUGCCGUCGGCGAGCAGCCAGCCCCUUGCUUUUAGUGGACACCCGGAGUCGGAGACGGUUCACCUGUUCAUCCCUGCACUUGCUGUGGGAGCCAUCAUCGGAAAACAGGGUCAACACAUCAAACAGCUGUCACACUUUGCUGGAGCCUCAAUCAAGAUUGCCCCUGCAGAAGGAAUGGAUGCCAAACAGAGGAUGGUCAUCAUCGUUGGACCGCCAGAGGCUCAGUUUAAGGCUCAGUGUCGCAUCUUUGGCAAGCUGAAGGAAGAGAAUUUCUUUGGACCUAAGGAAGAGGUGAAGCUGGAGGCUCACAUCAAGGUUCCCUCCUUUGCUGCUGGACGAGUCAUCGGGAAGGGCGGAAAAACUGUGAACGAGCUGCAGAACCUGACAUGUGCAGAAGUGGUGGUGCCCAGGGACCAGACGCCGGACGAGAAUGACCAGGUCAUAGUCAAGAUUAGUGGACACUUCUUUGCAUGCCAGCUGGCCCAGAGGAAGAUUCAGGAGAUUCUGGCCCAGGUGAGGAGGCAGCAGCAACCCAAGCCCACAUCUGGAGCCCAACCUUCACUGCCCCGCAGGAAGUAA